CCUAAGAAUACAAAGAUCAAUGACUGCUGAUAUUUUCGUCACUUGGAAACCUAAAACCGAGCUCGAAGCACCCCAAACGUAAGGAAAAUUAAUAAAUCGCAAAAACAGGACCGCUAUUCAGUAAUGAAAGUUCGUAUCUUUGGCCUGUAAUCAGAAUAUGUUUCAGUGGCAAUUAAAUAUACUCCAGUACUUUGCCUGGUUCUUACUCUUCCUACUUCCUACCGAUGCUGUUUCAAACAACACAUCUCCGUCCUUCGGCUGUCAGCCAGACUGGCUUCGCCAUGGUAACUCUUGUUACUACUUCUCAACUGUGUCCCGUUUAUGGGCAUACGGAGACGCCUGGAAGCCCUCUACUACCAUGUGCAUUGACCAGGAUGCAGACUUGGCAAUUGUUGACAGCCCAGAAAAACUACAAUUCUUAACUUCAAUUGCGCAUGACUUGAAACUAAGUGACGUCUUUGUGGGAUCACGUGACACAAUUAAGGUCUCCUGGAAUUGGUCCCAGGGCCCGGCCGUCAAUGUAAGUUUAUGGGGACCUGGUGUGUCACCUAAGGGAAAAUGUGGUGGCUUGUUAAGGAAGUCAACCUGGUGUGGAUGGUGGUGGGUGGAUUUGCCGUGUGACAGCAGAAGAUAUGGCUACGUCUGCGAAAUACCGUUAGUUUCUAAUAACUGUAGCAGUGGAAUGAACCUAAAGUUUGGAAACACAUGCUACACACUAAAUCCAAAUCCAAAAAAGACGUGGGUACAGGCUCAAACCUCGUGUUCCCACGUCGGCGCAAAACUUGCUGUAGUAGACACAGAAGAAAAGCGAGCAGCUUUAUCUAAAGAACUCGACAAGAUCACUACAAAGCCGCUGUAUAUUGGACUUGUUCGAGAUAUGUCAGACUGGUCCUGGAUUAAUGGAGAAGGAGUCAAUGAAUCUUUAUUCCAAGCUGGUAGUACUAUUGAGAGAAAGGACGAGCCUCAGUGUUUAGCUAUCGAUGCUUCUAGAAGUGCAAGCUCCGGACUAAUUGCCAUAAGCUGCAAGUUUAUAUACAAGUCUUGGUACUACGUCCACGACUACAUUUGUGAGAAGAAUGAAGUAAAUAUAGCCGAGGGAAGUUAUCUGGAAUACUCCAAAACUGAUAAUAAUACUCAAGUGCGUUAUAUAGUCGAUGGAAACCCCAGCACGUGUGUUCGAUUUAUAGUGGAACGUAACACAUGGAUUAAGGUCCAAUUAGAGAGGAAAACGUAUAUUUACAAGGUCAAAAUUAUUGUUUCAUCCAACAAGAACCAAAGUGAAUCAACAUUUGAAGUCCAAGUUGAAGCAAGCUUCCCGUACAGCAAUAAUAAAACUUGCUCUUGCCUUGGCUUCCGCUCUAAGGAUAUUUUCUACGAUUGUAAGCCAGUGAUACAGAGCUCAGCAGUUAUCAUCAAGUCUAACAGAGUUGGAUCUACUCUCAGUAUAUGUGAGAUACAAGUUUACGGGGCUGGCACUUCGACUGACCUUCAGGGAGUAUUGCGGAAUGUUUGGUUUCACGAUUUUGAAACGAAAUCACUCCGGGAGUACUUGAAAACAAAACUUCAAAGAGAAUUCCCACAUAACAUGAGAAUCAUGAAGAAUCUUCAAAUGUCUUACGAACUCGGAGACAAUUCAGUACAACUUCUCUCUGCUUAUUUAACGGUUUUCGAAAAUGGCGAAUACAAUUUUUUAAUCUCGUGUAAUACCCAGUGCGAGAUAACGCUUGGUGUUGCUGUUGAGCAGGUUUUUGAAGACGAUUCACCUGAGAGUUUAUUGUUAGACCUAAGAUACCACACAAGCAGAAUAGACUGGAACAGGUACUACAAGAAACAUCCUACUUCAAUCAAAUUAUCUGUGUGUCGCAUUUAUCACAUGAACACUUACGUCAAGCAUAAUUACGUCACUGUAGGACUUAAGUACCCGGAUGGAAAACUCAGUGUUCCAGUUCCUAAUAAACACUUGUAUUGGACACAACCAGGAGAACGGUCGUUCCGAUUUCAAAUGUUGCCAAAAAUAAACUUUGUAGAGGUGGGGAAAGAGCUUGUUCUUCAGGCUUCCUAUAGGUACUGUUGCCAUGGCAUUCGGUGUCCAAACUGCUCCCUUAACGUCCACCUUCAUGUCUUUAAUUCAUCCUCGUCAGUUCAGUCAUCGAUACUGAUGGAUUGCAAGGAGCAUCCAUGGUCAACUGCGAUAAAUGCUACUGUUCAACCUGGAAACCAUAGCAUUGAAGUUAGCUAUCAUUUUUUGCAAGACAAAGAUUUGCCAACGAUAAGACGUACAGUGGGAUAUGCCAUUGUUAAUGAGACAACACUGCUACGUUGUGCAUUUACCGAUAAAGAUAUUUGUGGCUGGAAAAGAAAUAAGACAAUAGUGGUGACAGACAAUUCUUUGUCAACGACAUUUCUCAAGUCGGAUAAUCUAUUAUGGAACGACAUUUAUCAAGCCAUAGGAGCCUGCCUAUCCUUCAGUUAUAAACUUGAUUCGCCAGGGAAGGGAAAGAGACUUGACGUUUACUUGUCCAUCAAGGGAGAGAUGAUACUUUUAUGGAGACUAAGUGGUUUUCAUGGAUACAUGUGGACUAAGGCGCUAGUUUCCUGGCGCCCGCAAAGGGACAGUAAACUUGUUUUCAAAACCAUUGGUGAGGCUGCAAUCAGCGAAGUUUUAGUAACUACAUCUAUGUGCAGAACCAAACCACCUUACGCCAAGCCAGGGUACACAUGUUCUGAAGAAGAAUUCCAGUGUGACAACUACCAAUGUAUUAAAAAGAUGUUCGUGUGCGACGGUGACAAGACGUGCCUUGACGGGUCUGACGAAGAAAACUGUGUAUGUCUUAGAAGUGAAUUACAAUGUGCAUCAGGGAUUUGCCUAGCAACCGAUAAACUUUGUAAUGGCUGGGACGACUGCAUCGAGAGGAGUGACGAGAAAACAUGCGAAAGGCGGAAUACAAUGCUGGAAUUUCAAUGUGUCGAUGGAACAUUCGUACCAUGGUCGGUCACGUGUCGCGAAGGUUCUUACUGCAAAGAUGGCAGCCAUUCUCCAGAUAUAUGUGGUCAUUCACAAUGUCCUCUAAACAACUUGGCGUGCAAUAAAACGAACAUAAAUAAUCCACUAGUUUCGAAUUGCGACAAUACUUUCCCAACACAUUGUUCGCUUGAAGAUGGUCUGUGUGGCCUGACAUUUAACGCCAGUGAAGCAUUGAAAUGGACGAGAAGAAAUGGUCCCACCCUCACACCAAAUACAGGACCAAGUUUUGAUCAUACAACGCUAUCUGGAUUGGGGUAUUAUCUUUAUGUCGAAGCUUCUAACGAAACCAAGGGAACAAAGGCCAGGCUACACAGCAGAUGGUUUCCAGGAAACCAACCAGUUUGUUUUCGAUUCUGGUAUCAUAUGUUUGGAGUUGACAUCGGCCUUUUAAACGUCAUUGAAAUGACAGACUCGUCAUCUUCCAUAAAGUGGAGUCAAAAGGGCGAUAGGGGAAACCGAUGGCUCUUUGGACAGGCGACACUUCUUGCAGGAAAACCAUAUAAGUUUGUCAUUGAAGGUGUCAUAGGUGAUGGAGUCUAUGGUGAUAUAGCCAUGGACGAUCUUGGAGUCACCGAAGGAGCUUGUGCAACGAUCAUUGAACAAUCACCUCCGAACUGUGAUUUUGAAUCAGACCUGUGUAGUUGGCAUGGUGAUAAUGAGUGGUCUUUAUCCAAAUCAACAAUGAACGUACAGGGUGUCGCAUCUCCUGACACAGGUGGAUUCUUGUUUUUGCUUCAAGAACAGUCAUACACAUUCACACAUUGCAUAUCAAGUCCUCCUCUUCGUCUCCAGGACAACUGGAAAUGUCUCAUGUUUUCCUAUUAUAUCGGCGCAACAGAUACUUACUUCACACAUAACCUUAAUGUUUUAUUGCAAAAUAAAAACGGGUCUAGUACCAAGCUGUGGGGCACACCCCAUGCCACAAAUAAAUGGAUCUACGUACAAGUUCCAUUUUUCACUAGUGAAAAUGGAGACCAGGUGAAAUUUGAAGGAACAUUGAGUCAUUCAGCUGUCAUCGCAUUUGACGAGGUUACGUUCUCAAAAACUAGUUGUCAUCCUAUUCCUUAUCAUGCAGACGAGUGUUCGGUGCUGACCUACGAUAGAAAUGACAAGUGCUGUUGGUUUCCCUUUAUUUAUGAAAAUACUAUCUACUACGACUGUGACACCACUGAUCCCAAAGACCCACAGCCCUGGUGCUUGGUGACUAGUGAAUUUAAAAAUUUUGACUACUGUGAUGGAUAUUGUCCGUGGAGGACUAUUGAUGGUAGAUGCUGUUUGUUCCCUUUCCUUUACGAUGGUAAAAAGUACUCAUCCUGUAUGACACUUAAUAAUACUCGCCCAUGGUGUAUGACGAACCUCGAAGGUGGAUGGGGAUAUUGUCAAGGAGAAUGUAACACAACAGAAGAAUUAUGUCGGUGGAAAACUGAACAACCCGAUAACAGGAUAAACUGGUUUCUGGYGUCUGCCUUAGAUGUCCAUCGUGAGAUAACCAACAUUGCUAAGACGAAACCGAACAAUAGAAAAGAAUCAAGACAUACAGAGCAGUUUGAAGUGCAUUUGCCGUUGUCCCAGUUUGGUAACAUAAGCAUCAACUCGGCUAUAAAUGAUCGAAUUGACGCGGUAACCCUGUGCGUGUGGAUGACAUCACAAACUGGUGGCCUGAGAGUGCUUUAUGAGAUCCCUGAUGGCUGUGGAAUGAGCGUUGCUAUGGGGAUACAUAUGGACACUAAUGUUAUGAUUAGUGUUUUGGGACGUAAAUGGAAUACUGGAUUUUCUGUGAACGAUGGAGCCUGGCACCAUGUUUGUCUGACAUGGAGAUCUGCCGGUGGGACACUGAAAGCAUACAUUGAUGGACGUGUAUCGCUGCGAGAAAAACCAGACCAACUCGAUGCCCUUAUUAUCCCAGAGGGUGGUACAUUCACAACUUCUAUGUUCGAUACCACGGGAAAGAAUGAUCUGGACGUUAAAGGAAAAAUAAGUGGUGUUAAUAUAUGGUCACGUGAAAUGAACGAGUUUGAAUUGCUUGCCAUGUCCAUUGGCUGUGUACAAGAAAACGGGGAUCUCCUGUCUUGGAACACUAUCUUGAAAGAAAUAAAGAACAGUAAUUUGAAGAUAGGACCAGCUGGGUGCGUUUAUAGUGGAGCUGACCAUUUCAUCUUUGCUACAAAUUCAUCAAGAUUCUCUUCAGUUCUCAACAGUCCGUGGUACAACCGUUCCACAUUCGGGCAUACCCAGUGCCUCAGAUUUCGUUACAUCGUUUACGGACCGGGCGCAGUGCGGUUACGUGUUAUGCACCGUUAUUAUUCCAGUCAUGCUUUCGUGCCGGUCUUGGAUGUCGCCAAUAACGACCAAUCAUGGUGGCAAUACGCUCAGACUUCAGUCGGAUCUGUAGAGAAUUACCAAUUGUCUAUGGAAGCAUCUUUUAAUGAAAGAAGUGGCUUCAUCGUGAUCAGUGCUCUGUACUUAUUAGAUGGAAGCUGCAGCAAAAAGCCACAACAAAACCAAGCUUUGGAGGUUACUCUUACUCAGAUGUCAGGAAUCAUCACUUCUCCAUUCCACCCUGGAUAUCAUGAUGUUGAUACAACCAACAUUUGGGUAAUAUCAGCGUCAAGGAAUCAUUUAAUACGGCUGAAGAUACUCGCAUUUGACCUGGAGUACCACGACAAAUGCGCUAAGGAUUAUGUAGAGCUGUUCGAUGGAGGGUCGGUAACAUCAACUCGGAUUGGUAGAUUUUGUGGUGUUUUGUAUCCACCCGUUAUAGAAUCUACUAGCAAUUAUAUGACGAUUCGCUUUCGUUCGGAUUCUAGUGUGGUUAGAACUGGCUUUAAAUUGAGCUAUGCUUGGAAAAGCGUUAAAUCAAAGAUGCACGCAUGCACGUUAAAAGGUUGUUCGUAUGACACGAAAUGCUAUGUGACAUCUAACGACGAAUCAGGAGAAGUUGUCGUAGAAAGUCGUGGUCAAAGCCUUGAGGUUCUGCCUGUAAUACCAAAACAGACUUCCGUUCUGCUGCUCGGAGGAAACAGACUUCCCAUUCUAACAAAAUCUCACUUCGAUUCUCUUUCAUCCCUCAAGUAUAUUGAUUUAAGUGGAAAUUUCAUCUUGAAUACAAAUGACCUGGCUUUUGCAAAUAUGUCGUCAGUCAAAGUAUUACGCUUGAAUGGGAAUUUUAUCAGAAGCUUCCCGAAACUUGCUUCUCUACCAAGAUUGCAUACUCUUGAUCUUGGCGCAAAUCUUUUAAGUAAUAUUACAAGAUACUCUUUGAUAAAUCUUCCAAGUCUUCGAAUACUGAGUCUUCGAAUGAAUGAGAUAACAGAGCUAGAAGAUGGAUUGUUUACUGAUAUGCCUGGUCUUCAGUAUCUUUAUCUUGACCAUAAUAACAUCAAAAAACUGACCAAAAAUACAUUCAAGGGACUCAAAGCGCUACAAAUACUAAAUCUUCAAAACAACAAAUUAUCAGAGAAGGAUUUAACAAGUGAUGUUUUUGAAAAUCUUCGAAACCUUCGGCAACUCAAACUGGACAACUUUAUUCUAUGCUGUUACGCCAGAAGGUCUAUCUCUGAAGCUCUCCGUUGCGAGUCUCCCAGUAACGAGUUCUCGAGUUGUGACGACAUGAUGAAGAACUCAGCUGUUCGAGUCUGUUUGUGGAUACUAGGGAUCCUCGCUUCAGUAGGCAACCUUCUAGUAGUGGUUUGGAGAUUUAAAGUUCGUGAUGAAAAUAAAGUCCAAUCAUUGUUAUUAACAAACCUUGCCAUCGCUGACUUCUUCAUGGGAAUUUACCUACUGAUCCUUGCUGUAAAAGAUAUCCAGUUUAAAGGAGAAUAUUAUAAACAUGACGUUGAAUGGCGUUCAGGAACGACCUGUCAGUUUGCUGGUGCUCUUUCAUUGCUCUCCAGCGAGGCAUCGGUUCUCAUGUUAACCAUCAUUACUGCAGAUAGAUUAAUUUCUGUCGUGUUCGCGUUCAAGAUUCCAAGGCUUUCCUUGAAGGUGACUUGCAUUUUAUGCAGCGUUGUUUGGAUCUUUUGUUUGAUAAUUUCCUUUCUGCCCAUAUUCGGACUGGAUUACUUCGAGGACGAACAGUAUGGGUUUGGAUUCUAYGGUCGGUCAACUGUCUGUCUUCCAUUACAGUUGUCAUCGCAGCGCUCUCCGGGAUGGGAGUACGCAAUCACAUUCUUCAUAGUCUUAAACUUGGGUGCAUUUGUUUUCAUCUUAGUCUCCUAUUGCGCAAUCUUUUGGACAAUCAUGCGCAUGUCACGUUCGAGUGCUACAAAACACAUGCGCAAAGAGACAUCCAAGGCAGCAAGAUUGUUUUUCAUUAUCUUCACUGAUUUCUGUUGUUGGAUGCCUGUUAUUAUUCUUGGGAUUCUAUCUAUUACAAACAGUUUCAAUGAUCCAAAAGGAACAGUUUAUGUUUGGAUUGCCGUCUUUGUUCUUCCGAUAAACUCUUCAAUCAAUCCAAUCCUGUACACCUUUUCUACUGAUUAUGUCAAAAGCCAUUUGCCAUCUCUGAGCCUUUUUUCGUCGUUUAGUAACUAUCAAACUAGUUACUCAAGGAAUCGCGGAAGUCGAGCAGCCGAUGAUAUUUCUUUGCAAGACAAAGAAGAACCGAAACAUACCUCCAAUAAUCUGCCUAAAGUGAUUGUUACAAGUAAUGAAAAUGACCUUGUGAAAGAAUUGAAUAUCCUCGAGGAAUGGAACAUUUUUCCGCUUACAGACGUAGACGAGAUAGUGGUGUUUGUGUCAGCAGAAACCAAAUCUGAAGAGAAGGUCUUAGUAAAAUAUUUCGGUGAGAAAAACUUGGAGGACUGGAAACGAGAAGUUGCUGUCCAUACUGUGCUAAAGGAGUAUGGUAGUCAUAACAACGUGAUGUCGUGCARGUGGAACGCGGACUCAGAAAGUUCAUCGCUAAUAAAGAUCGUCACAAAUGUAUCUUCGAUACCAAGCAAAGCCUGGUUAAUAUGCUACACUUACUCCUCUUCAAAGACCCUCAAAGACUUUUGCGAGACCCAAGGAGAAUGCGAUUUACUUUGUAAUGUGGUACUUGACGUCAUCUCUGGUUUGGAAUUUCUCCAUGGCAACGGAAUCUGUCACAACUUCAUUAAUAAUCAGAGUAUUUUGAUUGAAGACAAAACUGGGAUUCCGCGAUUCAAGGCUGUGAUUGGAGAUUUUAGAAACUCUUUUGUUUUAACGGAAAAUCUCGAGCUAGACUCGUUCAAACAUAAMUUAGAAGACGUCAAACAACUGGGAAUGCUAAUUGAUUGGUUCCUUAACAUGUGUGACGAACAGUCUACGAAUGAGAUUCGUGGUUUACUAGCAAUGUUGAGAAGCGACAACAACUCUGUUGAAAUCCUUUCAAGCUGGCGACAAACACUGCUUCGCUGGGAUUUUUCUUCCUCAUGUUGAUGCAUCUAAUUUUACAUAUUUGACAAGUUACAGUACAACACGCCCAUACUGGUUAUAAGUACGACGCGCUAACCGACUGAGCCACAGGAGCUGGAUGGAUUCUGCUUGAAGAUUUCACGAUAAAAGGACGAGAAAACACCCUCCAAAAACAAGCCUCUUCUCUUGGCUUCACUCUUCCCGCAAAUGUCUGGCCUUCUAUGUCUCUUUCUUUUGCUUGUAAAAAGUAAAGUACCUAUAUUUAACGUCGGUAGUUCCUUCAGUUGAAAUUCAACUGCUAUCAAUGGAAGCCGACGGUGCGCACUUU